AUGGAUAAGUCAUUAAAGAACUAUUGGGAAUUCGUUUUGCAAGAGCAGCAGACAAUGACACAGAGAAAAAUUGUCUAUAACAUUUCUAGCGACUAUAGAAUCCAGAGGGUUUUGGGUGAGGGUGCGUAUGGCAUAGUGUGUCUUGCGAAGCAUUUGCCAACUGGCACUGAUGUUGCAAUUAAGAAGAUCCAACCAUUCGAACGAACUUUGUUUUGCUUAAGGACUCUAAGGGAGAUCAAAAUUCUGAAACAUUUCAAACAUGAGAACAUUGUUGCCCUUCUGGAUGUCCAGAAACCAAUGAGUUUAGAAACCUUCAAUGAAGUUUAUCUAAUUCAAGAAUACAUGGAAACAGAUCUUCAUAAAGUCAUAUUAUCUCAAAAUCUAACUAAUGACCACUAUCAGUAUUUUAUUUAUCAGAUACUAAGGGCACUAAAGAGUCUACACGGGUGUAAUAUAGUGCAUCGAGACUUGAAACCUUCCAAUAUCUUGCUAAAUUCCAACUGUGAUCUCAAAGUCUGUGAUUUUGGAUUAUCAAGGGUGCAUCUUAAUGAUGAUGGGCGAGCCUCACACGUACCAAAGAUUUCAAUGUUGACAGAAUAUGUUGCAACCAGAUGGUACAGAGCACCUGAGAUCAUGUUGACAUCAUCUCAGUACUCUACGGCCAUUGAUAUGUGGGCGGUAGGUUGCAUUUUGGCUGAAUUAUACCUCCGAAAACCGCUAUUUCCUGGUAAGGACUAUCGACACCAGUUGCUACUAAUUUUCGAAAUCAUCGGCACCCCAACAGGAAUUGAUUAUCAAUCCAUUAAAUCCGUCAAAGCGAAAGAGUACAUCAAAUCGCUACCUUGCUACAGCAAGAUUCCAUUUGGCAAAAUAUUUCGUCACAAUGACCCUCAAGGUUUGGACCUUUUGGGAAAGCUACUGACUUUUAAUCCGCAGAAUCGAAUAUCUGUGGAGGAAGCUCUAAGUCAUCCCUACCUGUCAUCCUACCACGACCCACUUGAUGAGCCAUUCUCUAAUCCAAUCCCUCCAGACUUUUUCUCAUUUGAUACUGAAAAGGCUCAAAUGGAUGGAAACGAGCUGAAGAAACUACUGUAUCAGGAAAUCAUGACAUUUGAUCAGUAA